AUGCCGGCAUCCCAUGAUGCCUUGCUCUUCGUUGCCCUGGUGAUCUCCUCGGCAGCCACCGCUCUCCAGGAGCUGAAGGCCACCGGCUGCCCUGAGAGCUGCUACUGCUCCCUGAGUGACGGAGGUGGGCUGGUGGUGCGCUGCAGCGGCAUGUUCCUCACCGCGGUGCCGCCGAACGUCCCCAACGCCACGCGCCGGCUCUACCUGGACUACAACCAGCUGGUCAGCAUCCCGGCCGACGCCUUCCUGGGGCUCCCCCUGCUGGCCGAGCUGGACCUGUCGCACAACAAGCUGGCGCGCCUGGAGCCCGGCUCCCUCGCCGCGCUCGGCCCCUCGCUGCAGAGCCUGGACCUGUCCUCCAAUCAGCUGCAGACGCUGGACCCCGAGGCGCUGGGCGGCCUGCGCUCCAGGACCAACCUGACGGGCAACCCCUGGCGCUGCGACUGCGCCCUGCAGGAAGCCAUGCCCAAGCUGGAGCUGGAGCCGGCCUCGCUGGCCGGCGUGGUGUGCCACUCCACGGUGCCGGAGGACGCCGGCGCCACGGGCAAGUCCUUCGUCGUGGCGGCCCAGGAGCUGGACCUCUGCGCCGGCCUCAAGCGCACCACCGACGUGGCCAUGCUGGUCACCAUGUUCGGCUGGUUCGCCAUGGUCAUCUCCUACCUGGUCUACUACGUGCGCGCCAACCAGGAGGACGCGCGCCGGCACCUGGAGUACCUCAAGUCCCUGCCCAACAAGCAGGCCAGUCCCGAGGAGACGUCCAUCACCACCAGCACUGUGGUCUAG